AUGGUCCCACAGGUCACAACCCAGCYACCAGUGGAUUUCUACCCCAUGCAGGGUCUGCGGGAGCCAGAGCAGAGCCAGCAGAAGCCACCUCAGGGCCUGGGGCGACUCAGAGCCACCAUAAAAGCCAGCUCAACUCCAGGCUCUCUCAUUCACUUCUCCUGCUUCCUUUUCCUUGGGACCCAGGUGCAUCUGCAGCCUCAAGCCAUGUCCUGCAACACCCAGUGCCGUCCCUGCCAGCCCUGCGGCCCCACCCCGCUGGCCAACAGCUGCAAUGAGUGCUGUGUCCGMCAGUGCCAGGACUCCACCGUGGCCAUCCAGCCCUCACCCGUGGUGGUGACCCUGCCUGGCCCCAUCCUCAGCUCCUUCCCUCAGAACACCGUGGUGGGAUCCUCCACCUCGGCUGCUGUUGGCAACAUCCUCAGCUGUGAUGGAGUGCCCAUCAACUCUGGKGGCUUUGACCUCUCCUGCAUCACCAGCCGCUAUGGCAGAAGGUGUCCUCCAUGCUAAAGACACUGGUGCAGCCCUCACAAGGACCCCCAGGAACCCAGAAGCUGCUGCUGGACUGAGGACAGAGCUUCUGGCCAUUGAAUUCAGAGAUGCUGAGCAACCAAUGCUGCCCUUCUGAAGGAGGGCAGGUGGGGCUCUCUGAAACCAUGGCCAAUGUUUGCUUUCCCUGCCUUUCUCUCCUGCCUCUCUCUUGUCUUCCAUACUUCUGGAUUGUAACUUUUGCAGCCUCCCUGGGGGAUCUGCUGACCCCUGCCCGCUGUGGGGUGCCCUGUGGGAUCUCCMGUGUCAGUGAUGGGCACAAGCUUUUAGCAGUUGCCUGUGGUGUCCCGCCACCACCAGCUGUCAGUUCCUCUGUAAGGGAACUAGUUUUCUGCUUCAAUGACAAUAAAGCUUUCUGCAUCUCA